UCCAUUUGUGCGGGGCCACUGCUCGCGGUGUUAUUCAUCAACAAUUAUCUUUACACUUUUACCUUACAACAUGUCUGGAUGUAAACAACGUUGUGGCUGUUUCUUGUGACCGAGCGCACCCACUUACUGUGGCAAAACGACGUUUUUUAACGUUUAGAAGCAAAAAAGACAGGCAAACGUGCGUUCGUAAACAAGCAGUUGACCGGUGGUGGCUAAGUUGAGCUAGCUAGUUUAUGUUAAUUGGCUAACUAUUGUUAGCUGACCUUUUCUUUUUACCCGGGCUGUGGCGUUCAGUCGUCUCACUUUAUUGUCUAUUUCAAAGAGUAAAAAAAAAAAAAAACAUGGAAUGUCCUCAUUUGAGCUCAAAUGUGGGCUUUGUUGGAGACUCCACGGGGCUGCCUAACGGUGUUCCUUCCUCCUGGUGCUGCAGCGUUUGCAGGUCUAAUAAAAGUCCAUGGCUUUGCCUCACCUGCUUGAUGGUCCACUGCGGGCGAUAUGUUAAUGGAGACGCAAAGAAGCAUUUUGAGGAGAGUCAAGCUGCGGCGAGCAACCAAAAGAAGGGCGACAAACAGGACAAAGAGAAAGGACAACAUUCAGUUUGCAUGGACUCCAGCAACUACAGUGUGUUUUGUUACAGAUGUGAUGAGUAUGUUGUCAAUGACACUAGACUCAGGCAUGUUCAGAAGGUACGGGAGCAUCUCCAAAGCUUGGAAAACUCAGCCUUGAUUGGUGACAGACAGAGGAAAAGAAAACUUCAGGACAACCCAGCACCAGACAAGAAAAUGUUGAAAGAGAAUGAUGGGGCUGCUUUUGGUGCCACUGGCUUGCGUAAUCUAGGUAACACAUGCUUCAUGAAUGCCAUUCUGCAGUCGCUCAGCAACAUCGAGCAGUUCAGCUGUUAUUUCAAGGGGUUACCAGCAGUGGCGCUACCCAGCGGUAAGACGGCUGGAAGGAGGACGUACCACACUCGCAGCCAAGGGGAGACCAGUGUGUUGCUGGUGGAGGAGUUAAGGAAGACCUUUUGUUCCCUCUGGCAAGGGGGAGCCUUCAGCCCAGACUCCUUAUUUUAUGCCGUAUGGAAAAUCAUGCCAAGUUUCAGAGGCUAUCAGCAGCAGGACGCCCACGAGUUUAUGCGCUACCUUCUGGACCAUCUGCACAGAGAGCUCCAGAACAAUCAGAAUGGGUCAAAGGAGACUGUGUCACCUCAGGAUGGGCUGAGAAUAUCCAGCGCUGAAGGCAAAUGCUGCUUAAACGGCACUCCCAGCAUCGUCACAUCUAUUUUUGGUGGGCUCCUUCAGAAUGAAGUCAACUGUUUGAUAUGUGGGACAGAAUCUCGCAAGUUUGACCCUUUUCUUGAUCUGUCUCUGGACAUUCCCAGUCAGUUUAGACAAAAAAGGAAUAAGGAUCAAGAACCAGGUCCGAUGUGCACUUUGUAUGAAUGCUUACGAAGCUUCACUGACCUGGAAGAGCUGGACGAAACUGAGCUGUACUAUUGCCACAAGUGUAAGAAACGACAGAAAUCCACCAAGAAGUUCUGGAUCCAGAAGCUUCCAAAGGUUUUGUGCCUGCACUUAAAAAGGUUCCACUGGACUGCUUUUUUGAGAAAUAAAGUGGACACUUAUGUGGAGUUUCCUCUAAAAGACUUGGACAUGAAGGGAUACUUACUUGAGCGGGAGAGCUUGCAAGCAGAGAGCUGUAUGUAUGACCUGGUGGCCAUUGUAGUGCAUCAUGGAUCCGGGGUGGGAUCGGGCCAUUACACGGCGUAUGGCAGCCACGAGGGGCGCUGGUACCACUUCAAUGACAGCACAGUCACCCUGGCCAGCGAGGAAACAGUGAGGAAGGCCAAGGCAUACAUCCUCUUCUACGUGGAGAGGACUGAGCAGGCAUUAAGGAGGACCGCCACAGCAGCGACGGACACAAGUCCUGCAGAGGUUGAUGUAAACCCAGUGGUUGCUGACGGUGUUUUAGAAGCCCAGUCAGCACCAAAUAGCUCGCUAUUACAAAACACAGUAACACCAGAGGGAUCAAACGCUGAGAGAACAGCAUCAACCAAGACCUCUGCAGAUGAAGGUGUUGUUCCAACUAUGACGCAUUGAAUCAGACUGGUUUCGCUCGUUACGUUAAUGCCACUUUUUAGGACCCAUAUGACAUCUUGAUGUCACUUGAUGCUAAAUCUAAAGGUGAGGAUAUCACCGGAUUAUGUCACAACUUUUGCCUUGGAAAACAUUGGUCGGUCCAAAGUUCAGCCCAGACUGACCAAUGACUUUUAGUCAGACAUUGCUUUCAUAAUAUGUUGGCAUCUUUCUUGUUUUUAUCUUCACCUGGUCGGAACCUCAUAGCUAAUGGGAGAUUGCAGUCUUUACAAUUCAAAAGUUUAUUCAGGCUCUCUGAAAUUAUUUUACUGUAAAAUAAGUGAAACAUUUUGUAUGUACUUGGAUAAUUGGAACAUAUGACUUGAUGAAAAAUACACAAUGUUUUUUCUCAUUA